GCUCGACGUCACCGUAUGGACUACAACCGCGGUGUCUCCGUCUGACCAUGGUCUGACCCGCACAUGAAGGACGGCGACCCGGCUGACGCCCCGCAAUGCUGGUCUUUGUUCGUUUUAACUCGGGUCCGGGCGUGGCGGUGGAGGUGGACGCGGGCUCCAGUGUGGGCGAGCUGAAGGCGCUGGUGGCCCAGCAGCAGGGGCUCCCUGCUGCUGGGCCUCUGAGGCUGCUGUUCGCUGGCCGCGAGCUCCAGGACGGGGGACACCCUGCAGCUGUGUGUCUGCAGGAGUUCUACCUGAAGUGUGCUCUUCAUCCUACGGCUGAGGAAGACGUGUCAGUGGCUCUGCCCCUCUUCAUCACCAACCACAGGGAGGUGGCCUGCAUCGCCUGCACCGACGUGCUGAGUCCGGUCCUGGUGUUCCAGUGUGCUGACCGUCAUGUCAUCUGUCUGGAGUGUUUCCGUGGUUACUGCCUCACCAGACUGAACGACAGACAGUUCAUCCACCAUCCCUUGAUUGGCUACUCACUGCCAUGUGCAGCUGGGUGUCCAGACUCUCUUAUUAAGGAGCUUCAUCAUUUCAGAGUCCUCGGGAAUGAGCAGUAUAUGCGUUACCAUGGAUACGGAGCAGAGGAGUGUCUGCUGCAGAUGGGCGGGGUCUUGUGUCCGAGGGCAGGCUGUGGGGCGGGGCUUAUCCCUCAAGCCCCGCCCACCCAGAGAGUGGAGUGCGAGAAGAUCAACGGCCUGGGCUGUGGGCUUGUUUUCUGUCGGGACUGUAAGGAAGAGUACCAUGAAGGGGAGUGUCAUAUGGCAGCUUCCUGCUCUGGGGACGCAGCUACGCAGUGUUUUGUGGUGGACGAGGGCGCCCUCCAGAGGAGCCGGUGGGAACUGGCGUCUCGCGACACCAUCAGAGAGACCACCAAACCCUGUCCUCAGUGCGGAGUCCCAGUGGAGAAGAACGGAGGUUGUAUGCACAUGGUGUGUCCGAGGACACAGUGUUCCAGUGAGUGGUGCUGGAUCUGCUCUGUGCCCUGGAACAGAGACUGCAUGGCCAACCAUUGGUUUGGAUGAAACAUUAGGACACGCCCACAGUCAACACUCUCUCAGGAGAGAAGACACGCCCCCAAUGAUGAUUAGACACGCCUUCAGCUGGGAAAGGACAUAUCUUCAACAGGGACAGGACACGCCUCAAAUUGUGAUAAGACACGCCUCCAACACUGACAGGACACGCCUCAAACACUGACAGGACACGCCUCCAACAGUGACAGGACACACCUCCAACACUGACAGUACACACCUCCACGGACCUGGGUUCCAGGGUCCUGUUCCAGGGUCCUAGGUUCAAGGAUCCUGAGUUCCAGGCUGUGUUCCAGGGUCCUGUUCCAGGGUCUACCAGGGGUUUUAAAACUAACUAUCUUAUUAAUUUCUCUAAAGCUAAACGGUUUUCUUCAAUGUGACACUUUUUGGUAUGCGUUCAUUUAUAGAAACAUACAAUGUUACGACAUGUGGGAAUUAAGUCCCGUUUCUUAACGUAAUGAGUUUUCGCAGAACCUAGUACACGACCCGUCUGUCUGUACGUCCUGCUCACAAACAUUUGAGUGCUUGGGAUCUACAAGGUGUUAAUGUUAUGAAUUGAUACAAUGAUUGAUAUUGAAUUAUCAUAUACGGU